AUGUUAGACCUUUUGAUUCAACCUAUAUUUUCCAUCCCUCAGGCUUGUACAGCUCUCCUCUUACUCGUUGCUUUAUUCGUUCUAUCCAAAGUGUUCUAUCGAUUAUUUUUGAGUCCUUUAUCCAAGUUUCCAGGCCCGAAGUUCGCGGCCGCAACAAAGUUGUACGAAGCAUAUCAUGUCCUAGUAAAGAAUGACUGGUUGGAAAACUUGAGGAAUCUCCACGAGACAUAUGGGCCUGUCGUUCGACUAGGGCCAAACGAACUUCAUUUCUCUGAUCAUGAGGCGUGCCUCCAACAUCACAACAGGUCAGACUUGAGAAAGUGUGACAAUUACUAUGGUAUUCUGGACACGCUACUGGGCGGCCUUGCUCUUCCCCAAGCUCAUAGUGAACGGAAAUCUAAGAUACAGCCACUAUUUACCGGAUCAAACCUUGCAGCUUAUUCAGGUACCGAAAUGAACACGCAGCUUGAGACGUUAUACGAAAAACUCACUUUCUUCUCGGAGAUGAAGACUUCUCCAACCAACUUAACGCACGUUCUAUGGGCUUAUACAAACGACAUUAUGACAUCGUACCUCAUUGGCGAGGACCUGGGAUUUAUGAACGCCUCUGACUUAAUCGCCAUGCAUGACUCCACGAGAGCUUUCAGCGCAAUUGAUCUAGCUACAGUGCUACGAUCCAUGCCCCCAUUGAAGAAAUUAUUGGACAUAUUCCCAUCUCUUCGCAAACUAUCACCGCUCGCCUGGCUUGACGCACUUGCAGGCUCGCACCUAGAGCGAAUCACGAAAGGCGAUGCCCUCGGCCCCCCUGAAAAGGGGCACAAAAACGUACUAUCGCAACUCUGGCGACAGAUUGGCAACGAGCAAAUCGUUAUCCAAGAGGCUGCACAAGCCAUUUUCAUCGGCAACGAGUCGCUAAUGAGCAACCUAACCUUCUUGUUACAUAACAUGAUACAGAAUCCAGACUGUAUCACUAGACUGCGAGCCGAGAUCGAUCGUAGCCUAGAUGUAGGAACUUACGGACACCAAAUCUGGCGCGAUCCUAAAGUCCUACAGCUUCCUUAUCUGGAUGCAUUAUGCAGAGAAUCAACGAGGCUCAGCUCACCAGCGUGGCACCGUCAACCGAGACAAACAUCUGAACCAGUAACCUACAACGAAACUGUCAUACCGCCAAUGACAAGUCUAAGCUUCACGCUGCAUCUUUUAGAACGAGAUCCGGUCCUAUAUCCCGAGCCAGAGACGUUUAAACCAGACCGCUGGCUCGGAUUCGGGCCCAAUGCCCGAAAAUUGCGAAAUAAUUCGGUGACCUUCGGAACUGGUACAAGAACCUGCCUAGGACAAUUCAUCGCUCGCCACGUCCUACGAAAGACACUGGUAGCUGUUUUGUACAAUUUUAACAUAUCUCUCUGGGACGAGAAAAGGGAUAGGGCGGAGGGAUUUAGAUAUUUGGACACUUAUCCCAAGAAGGGACACGAAGGAUAUCUCAGAGUGAAACUUACGCCACGAUUUGGUGAAAUCUAA